ACGAAACCGCACAAGUCUGCCAUGCUUGUACGUCAUGAAUCAUUCCAUGAAUACACCUGACUUUUUUAAAUACAAGUGUAUAAAGGAGGAGGAGAGGGAUAAAAAAUAGAACGAUUACGGUUCUCCCGAGUCGUCCAGUGUGUUGUGGUUUUACUGGUGAUUACUGGAAACAUCCGUGAGUUGUCAUAUGUGAUCAAAGUGUGAUGCUCAUGCCGCGGUCUUCGCGAAUUGUGUAAAAUUGUGAUUGCAAACGUGAAGAAAAAUGGGGCUUAUCUACCGGAUUUGGAUGAUCCAACAAUUGUCAUCACGUCAUCAUAUCUUUUGCUUUGGUCCGAUGGAUACAGCGCUGUAUCUAUAAAAUUCAGGAUUUACGAGGAAAAGCCACCGUAAUUAAUCAACCACUCCGCAUUAAUGGACUAAAGCUCCAUAAUCAGCCGAAAAUAUCAAGACGAAAUGUGUCGUGAAAGCGUUGCAUGAAAAUCCCAGGAGAACAUUAAACUAUUAGUGUUGAGUGUCGUGUGUCACGGAGUACACACAAGAAAGUGAAAUUAUGUUCGGUGUGACAAUGGUGGAGCCACGAGAAAGGCUAGUUGCGUGUACAUCUCAAACGCACCAUCAGAAUAAUUGUCAUCGUCAUCACUAUCACCAUAUUGUCAAGACAACGAGGAUACAUCAGAGCUCGAGGAGCAACAGAGUUGUAACUGUGCAGGAGAAAGUGAUAAGAUCGCGUCUGCAGCUCGGAUAUUCAACGCCAACCAGCUUCAUAAAUCGUUUCCCCCAGAAGAUGGAUCGUCAGAACCACAAUGUCAGCCUGGGUCAGAACCAUGGAGGCAGUACACACGGGGUUUACUCAUCGGGAAGUCAGACUUCUCUAUCGACCUCCUACAUAACAGGCCAGUCGUACAUACAGGGUCAAAAUUACGCAGCGUAUCCAGCAGCGCAGACAGUGCAAAUUUACCCCCACACGUAUAAUCAACCACAGAGUUAUGGCACAAUGGUACAAGCUUACGGUGGACAGCCUCAGUCAGGUUACCAGCAGGCGCAUCACAAAAAAGGGACAAUUAGAAAUGGCGAUGUCCACAAGCGCUGCAGACUCCAAACUGCCAGUUACGAGCUCUCCCAGGAUCUCCUUGACAAGCAGAUCGAGAUGCUCGAACGAAAGUACGGAGGCGUUAAAGCAAGAAACGCAGCACUCACGAUUCAACGUGCAUUCAGAAGGUACACAUUACUGAAGAAAUUUGCUGCUAUAACAGCAAUGGCCAAAGCGGAAAAACGGUUAAGUAGAACGAUCCAAGAGAGUGCUGACCGGCCGGGUGACCACGAGAGGAUGGUAUACCACAAUCAAGUUUACAUUCAACAAUCACCGCAGUCGGCUAAUCGGCCUAUGCCCAUAAGAAGUAUGUCACUGAGAGAGAGGAGACACGUUGAAAAUUCAGGAAUGCCAAGGAGCCUGAGUGGCAGAUGUGAGGUGCAAGUUAUGGGCCAUCAAGUUAAUGCUGGACAUCAACAUCCAGGGUAUAAUCUACAUCAGAGUGGGAGGCACACACCGUCACUAACACCGAGCCCGUGUGCUAGACAUCAACCACCACCUAGUCCUUGCUGGGAUACUAGCUCGCAAGAGAGUGGCUCAAGCAUUCAUUAUUACAAUCCUCAGGAAACUCUAUGCGGACUUCGUCAAGAAACUCCACCCCGUGAUCUCCACAGAACGCCGUGCACAUCCCCUUCAACUCCUCACAAUCUUCAAGCCCCCUUGGCACACAGUUGGGGCAAUAGUUCGCAAUUAGGAUCCGGUGGGCGUUCACGAGGAUCCACCAAGAAGGUGCCCCCCGAGGUGCCCAAGAGAACGACAUCAAUAACCUCGAGAUCGAUGGAGCAGCGCCACAACGGUCUGAGUAAAAGUGUGGAAAAUGGAAGUUUGAGUUCUGUACAAAGUUCAGGUAGUGACUCGACCAAUUGCGAGAGUUCAGAGGGAGAUGUGCAGCGAGGUUCGCCAAUUUGGAAGCAUAAAGGGAUCUCCAGUUCUCCUGAACACCAGGAAUGUCACACAACAGAAAACACAAGUCUAAUAAACAGUGGAAAGGAUCUGAGUAAUUCCCACGCUGGAUCUGGCUAUCAAUUGCCCAUGAUUGAUCACACAGAGACUAUUCCUCAGACCAGUUACAAAGUAUCUGAGACAGUGCGAAAGCGACAGUAUCGCGUUGGAUUGAAUCUGUUCAAUAAGAAGCCCGAGAGGGGAAUAACGUACCUCAUAAGACGUGGAUUUUUGGAGAACAGUCCGCAGGGAGUUGCCAGAUUCCUGAUCAGCAGAAAAGGCCUGUCAAAGCAGAUGAUCGGCGAGUAUCUUGGCAAUCUCCAGAAUACCUUUAACAUGGCAGUCUUGGAGUGCUUCUCCCACGAAUUAGAUCUCGCUGGAAUGCAGGUGGAUGUUGCUUUGAGAAAGUUCCAGGCAUAUUUCCGAAUGCCAGGGGAGGCGCAGAAGAUUGAACGUCUGAUGGAAGUAUUCAGUCAACGCUAUUGUCACUGUAAUCCAGACGUUGUUGCUAGGCUCAGAUCGCCAGACACUGUCUUUGUUUUAGCAUUCGCUAUUAUCAUGCUCAAUACAGAUCUUCACACACCGAAUCUCAAACCCGAGAGGCGAAUGAGGGUUGAGGAUUUCAUUAAGAAUUUGAGGGGCAUUGACGACUGUGGGGACAUUGAUCGCGAUAUACUCAUUGGAAUUUAUGAGAGGGUUAAGGCUAAUGAGUUUAAACCGGGCUCGGAUCAUGUCACGCAAGUUAUGAAGGUGCAGGCUACUAUUGUUGGGAAGAAACCGAAUAUGGCUCUGCCGCAUAGGCGACUUGUUUGCUACUGCAGGCUCUAUGAAAUACCGGAUAUUCAUAAGAAGGAGAGGCCUGGAGUGCAUCAGCGGGAGGUCUUUCUUUUUAACGAUCUUUUGGUUGUUACCAAGAUUCUCAGCAAGAAGAAGAGCAGUGUUACGUAUACCUUUAGGCAGAGCUUUCCUUUGUGUGGCAUGGUGGUUACACUCUUUGAUGUUCCACACUAUCCAUACGGUAUCAGAUUGUCUCAACGUGUCGAUGGCAAAGUACUAGUCACAUUCAAUGCCCGAAAUGAACAUGAUCGAUGCAAAUUCGCUGAGGACCUGCGGGAGUCCAUAAGUGAGAUGGAUGAGAUGGAAACUCUUCGCAUUGAGACCGAGUUGGAGAGACAGAAGAGUAGCAGGGGCGCUCGCGGGGGGUCUGAGAACAGGGAUUCAGGGGUAGCUGAUGUUGAAGUGUGCCCAUGCCCUGGGCCUUGCUCUGAGAGAACAGAGGUCGCCGAUUUGGAUCCACAGUUGAAGAGAUCUGCUCUUAGCAACUCGUUGCUCGAUAUUCAUGAACAAUUUGCUGGGGAGAAACCACAGAGACGAGGGAGUGUUGGCUCACUGGACAGCGGUAUGUCAAUUUCAUUUCAAUCAACUUCAGCGAGUUCAAUGAGCCAGGGAGUUAAGCAUUCUGGUCAAAUUCAUCCUGUACAUCCAGGUGCUACAAUUCCCGGUGGUGGUAAGGGAAUUGUACAGCAGCCAUCUUUUUUAGGGGGCCUAUUCGCUAAACGUGAACGUAAACUAUCACAAACGGAGGAAGCAACUCCAUACAGUCGUACCACCGAGGUCUAGAAUUCUACGUACAUCACUGAGAGAAACAUCACACUACAGCGGACGAUAAAUUCAUAUUACAAGAUUUAUUCGGUAAGCCCUAGGCGAGACAUUCAAUAUUCGUUUUUCUCAAUAAUUUUAUAUUGAUCGUGUGUUAAUAACAAACGGGAAUGAAGGAAAUUAUUGUAAUUGGGCAGGAUCCGAUUAUGUAGGAGAUAUAUCAGCAUUCCUUUCUUCUUUUUUUAAAUUAUUAUUCUCUUUUCGAAGGCACGUUUAUAGUAUUUAUUGGCCUAACUGGAGUCCGGCUCUUUUAUAAUGUUAUUUAUAAAAUAAAAUGAACAGAAUGAAGAGGAAACUUCCGGAAAUUCUUGUUUGAUUUUGUAGAUAUUUUACUUCAGGGAGUAACGGAAUUUAUUUCUCAUUCAUUACUACCUAGAUUUUAUCUUUGAACAUGAUGAAUUUUAAAACGUAAUCAAUUGUACUGAUGAUGUAGUGUCAGACUAUGCUCCUCUUGAAUUGUAUUAAAAUGAAAAAGCAUUAUGUAAAUAUACCUGAGUAUUUGUAAUACGAGGUAGUUAAAGUUGACCAUUAAAACACGAGAGAAAUUGAGGUAGUUUAAUGGGAAUUAAUAAUUUAUACAAAUAAUCAUUAAAAUGACGAGAAAAUUUACAUUUAUAGAGAAUAUGAAGUAAACGGUUGGGAUUUAUUUGGAAAAUAUAAGCAAUUGAUGAUUUUUUUUUCAUCGACUCAACGUCUCAAAUAUCCCUGGAAUGAAUUUCAACCGUCCAAAACCUUGAACUCUAGUCUAUCUUGUCAAUGUAGCCUCACAUUUUGUUUUUUGUAGGAUUUAAGUUUAAGAGAAUCUUGUGUAAAAUAUUGAGAAGAAUACAUAACUGAAAACAUUGAAUGCAUCCACGAGACAAAAUUUCGUAUCGCUUGUGUAAACUUUCUCUCAAACAAACUCAGUAAUUAACAGCUAAUGAUCGCGUCAACUUGUUGGAGCUAUUGGCAAGUGCAUGAGGGAAGUUUGAAGUAGAAAUUUUCCACGGAAUAAUUAUUAAAAUGCUGUGAUAACAUCGUGAUUGAAGACUGAUCGAAACACCAUGGAGAGUCUAGAUAGCACAUGUUCUCAAAGAAAUUUCGUGUUCAACACAUUUUCAGAUUGAUAAAAAACAACCUUCACGUCAGAAAUACUAGAUCUUUAGAAUUGAAAGCAUCGAAUUUAUCAAUUAAUCGUGAAAAUCGAUCGUUAAUGAAGUCUGCAUGUUGAUACAACUCACAAUAAUUAAUUAACAAUGUAUGAAUGACGAGGUAGACUCAUGCAAAGAGACAAUUUGACGCGAUCGCCUAAAAAAUUCAUCUAAUCAUUGUUUCCAAAAUGUGUUUUGUGUUAAUACACCAAUGGAAAAUUCAUAAUGGUAAACGAUAAUAAUGUUGUCAAAUGAGAAUAAAACAAAUGUGUGUUCCAAGAGAUAAACGACUUAUCAUAUGUAAAUGUACAUCACGUAGACUCUCGUUAAAGUCUGAUAUUAUGAGAACUUAUUUCAAUAAAGGGAAAUUUUGUCAUAUCAUUGCGAAAUACAAAUUAACAAUAAACUGAGCAUUAAUGAAGAAAGUGAUACACACAUUGAUGCUUGUUCAACCUGUCGCAAUAUCAAUUUCAGCAAUGAAAACGUGACAAUAUAACAGUAGAAAAUAAUCGGAAUGGGAGAAAUGGUGAAAAAAAAGAAUCUCGUGUAUUAUAGGUGAAAUUGUACAUAUUAUCGAAUUGGAAUAGAUAUUAAACUAUGAAUAAUGAAUUGCGCGAAUGAUAGUAUGUGGUUGUAAAAUUCAUAAUCGUGAUUUAUUAUUCGUUAGAUGUACCGUGUAACUCCUAUUAAUUUAUGGAGAUAAAGAAAUAAAAGAUAAACCCAUAAUUCACAA